AUGAUUAUCAAAAUCAGACAUAAGCGUGAUGGUAAGCAGGUUGCUCGUAAAAUUGAAAUAAGUGAGAAUGUUAGUUUAGAAGAGCUGGAACAAAAGUUACGCGAACGCUUCGACAUAAAGUACGACCAGCGUGUAGAGCUUUACUAUCUGGACGAAGAAAAUGACCGUAUCGUAGUAUCCUUUGAAGAUGAAUUGGCUUUAAUUCUUGCAUCUCAAGAAUCCCCAUUAUUCGAGAUGAUUGUAGUAGACAACUUUUAUACUUAUCCGAAGGUCUCAAAAUCAAAGCCUGGUGAAGUAGCUGAAAUAAUGGUCCCAUCAAAAUGGCUCACCACUGCCAGCAUUAUUCGGAAAGACACAAAACUUUGGGGCACAUGGAUUUUUACUGAUGAUUCUGACAUUAUCAAAGCAUUGGUUCAUUUGGGAAAACUCGAAUUAACUGAAAAUACGCCAGAAUACAAUUUGAUUGUCACGCUUCGAUACUUGCCCGGAUGUUUGAAAUAUAUUGGGUCGACAAAUGAAGAAGUUACCUCCGAAGAUUUUGAACCUCAUGACACCAGCUAUGUUAUUGAAUCAUUUAGAAUGGCAGCACUGGCUUGA